GGGAAGGAGGAGGAGGAAAUAGUCCACAGCACCCGGGGCCGGAGAGCCCACAGUGAUGCUGGCCAGGCGGGUGCUUGGGGCCUCACACAGGGCGGCACUAGGAUCGGUAGAGGCUGCUCUUGGAGGUUUGAAGUCAAUAUGGGGAAGCAGCCAACAUUUUUACUCUACUCUCCCUAAGGAUGUCACUUAUAGGGAACUAAAAAACCUAUUGAACUCCAAAAAUAUUAUGUUAAUUGAUGUUAGAGAAACAUGGGAAAUUCUUGAGCAUGGAAAAAUACCUGGAUCAAUCAAUAUACCAUUGGAUGAGGUAAGUGAAGCUCUACAGAUGAACCCAAGGGACUUCAAAGAGAAGUACCAUGAAGUGAAGCCAUCCAAAUCUGACAGUCUAGUGUUUUCUUGUUUUGCUGGAGUAAGAAGUAAGCAGGCCAUGAACACAGCAUUAUCACUGGGCUUUAACAGUGCUCAGCACUAUGCUGGAGGCUGGAAGGAAUGGGUAACCUAUGAAAUGUCAGAGAACAAACAAGAAAAUUGAGUUUUGGAAUAAGAGACUCUGUCCUUGUGUUCAUAUAUUCAAGGACAGUGGAUGAAGCAAAAGAAAACUCCAGUCUUGGCAUCAAAGGCUAAUGGAUUCUGUAUAAUCCUCAUCUGUGAACUGAAGACACUACAAAGCUCUCUAAAGUAAGAUGGAAAGCCAUUGGAAAAUCUAGAAAUACAAAUAUUGGAACUUCUAUGUUCGCAAUGUCA